GGAUGUCUUCUACGACUGCAAAGCUUAUGACCCGAAGGGCCAUGGGAUCCGCAACUUGAUGGUUGGGCGACGGUCUUCCUUAUAGACUCAGGUGGCUACCCAGCGUAGAACCUCAAGCCCUCGCACCACAGGCAUUAGAGGCCUUCCGAUCAACCCUUACAAAUCUGAAGACACUAUAUUUAUACCACCGAGGAAGGGAGCGUAUGAUGGUCACGGAACUCACGGAUCGCAUACGAUUCAACCGGGCAACUCCGCUAGAAUUGCUAGUCGAAGGUUUUACUCUCAUCGGGCCUGACCCACGUCCCAUCAGAGAUGACUUAGGUCUCUUUUGCGUUGGCUGGGACUCCCGGGCCAGUCUCUGGUUUUGGCAGGACAUGGAAAGGAUAUUCGACAUCGCCCGGCCCGAAGGGAAGAGACUGGAUUCAAGGUUCCUCAUCACUUGGCCCACUUGGCGCUCUGCUCCUGCAAUCACGUCAUGCUCAAAGGCAAAUGAAUAUCUCAAGACCGAACAGAAGCGUUGGGACCGGGAAUUCACUGAUGGUGUAUUCAGGGAGGUAAAUAACCCUGAUGCCGAGGGCUUGGAACGGUCUAAGAACGCUCAACAUGUGUUUGGGUUCUGGUUAUUCGACACCCACGGCUUUGGAGAGAUGCCAGAAAAUGCCGUCGCCUGGGAACUUCAAAAUGUUCCCCCGCCCAUGCCCUGGCAUAGGUGGAAGUUCAAAAUGGACAUUGAGUUGGAUGUAACAAAGUACUGGCCGCAGCUCGGCGUGUUCCAUCUGACGCCAGAGUAAUUCCGAGUCAUACAUGUCUGACAUCGUGCCUGUGCUGCGGGACUGACCUGUCAAAGUUGACAGCUGGGGACUACAAGCUAUCACGGUCAUGGGUUGAAGUACAGCCUGUACUUGUAUGAGCAUAGGGCCAUCUUCACAGGAGAUAGAUU